AUGGGAAAAAACUUCAAGUCGACUAAGAAAGGUAUCAGUGGCAGUCAUAUCAGAGGCAAAAAGUUAAAAUCCAAGAAGAUUUGGAAGAAUAUUGGCGCUAACAACGGCAGUUCACGUACAAAGUCGAAAUCUCGAAUUAAUGAACUAAGUAUCGAGUAUGAAGAUACUGAUGACUUUUCCGCCCAGGAUGUUUUUGAAAUUGAUCAGGAUGGAGAGUUCAAAGAAGAAAGACGCCGCAAAAAUAUCGAUGAAUUGGAAAGUUAUGAGUAUAAUGGAGAGGAAAAGAUCGACGUGGAGGACGACGAAGAAAUUGAUAGUGACGAGGCGUUUAACAAAUCAGAUGAAGAGAGAUUUGAUCAUUUCAUUUUUAGAGGCACCAACAAGAAAGCUGAUAAAAGGCAGAGAUUAAAUCGCAAAAUUGAUUUAAAUGAAGAAGAUAACUACGAGAAUUCAACAGAUGAUGAAUCUGAAGAUACAGAAAACUCAAGUGAUAAUGAUAUUAAUGAAGAAAGAGAAAAUGAUGUUAUCCCAGAUGAAGGAGUUAAAGAGAGGCGUAGGGUUGUUCGCUUUGACGACGAAGAUAAUGAGGCCACAAGUCUGGACGAGAACUUUUUCGAUCUGAUUGAUGUUGGUCGGGAAAUGAAUGUUAACAUUUUUGGUGAUGAAUCAGACGAGGAAACUAUGGAUUUAGCCGAAGAUGAUGAGAGCGUUGAUGAAGAACGAGAAUUUAAUGAUGAUGAGUCUAAAGUGGAAAAGUUGGAUUCUUUCAUAGAGUCGUUAGACAAGAAAAGAAAACGUAUUGAUCAUACAGGCUCUAUAGAGAAACGUAAAAGGCUAAUCAAAGAACGAACAGAAGCAUACGAAGAGUCCGAAUAUAACCUGACGACUCGAGAGUCAAUAAAUAGUAAGAAGAAAAUUGAUUUCCAGGAUCUUUUAGUCACAGUUCAAGAAGAAACGGGAUUUAGUGGAUUAAAACAAAAAUUGGCAUCGCUCGAAAGUGGUGGUAACAAAGGAAAUUAUAAAGAACCACUAUCAGCUCCUUUGCCUCAACGAACUUUAAACAAGUUGAACAGGCAAGCAGCCUAUGAUGAAACUAAGAAAGAUAUAUCCAAAUGGGAACCAAUUGUUAAGCAUAAUCGUGAAGCUGAACAUUUGGUGUUUCCGCUGAAUCCAAAUCCUCAACAUCAACCGACUAAUAACACCCUAGCUGGUACCUUCCAACCCUCAACGACUCUUGAAAAAGAAGUAGAUUCCAUACUGAUAGAAAGUGGCAUCAAAGAGAAGGAUCUUCAACAGUACGAAGAGCUUCAGCUAAACAAGUUAUCUGUCGAAGAAGUAGCAGAACGUCGCAAAGAACUUCGAAGAAUGCGUGAAUUGAUGUUUCGUGAGGAAAUUAAAGCCAAACGAAUCGCAAAAAUCAAGAGUAAAACUUAUCGAAAGAUUAGAAAGAAGGAGAAAGAAAAGAAUAAAUUAAAACUUGAUGAAUUGAUUGAACUUGAUCCAGAAGCUGCUAGAAAAGAAAAAAUAAGAUUGGAAACAUCUCGAGCACAAGAACGUAUGACUUUGAAACACAAGAACACCAGUAAAUGGGCCAAGCAGGCACUUAAGCACAGUAAUCACGAUCAAGAAAGCCGACAAGCAAUUGCCGAACAAUUACAGAGACAUGAGGAGCUGAAACGUAAAAUUCACGAUCUUGGUUCCGAUGAAGAGUCUUAUGAAACGUCAUCAGAUGAAUGUAUUGAUCAAGAGGUAGAUAUAAAUGCUAUUAAAGAUAAGGCAUUUGGUGAGUUGGCACAACUCGAGACGAAAGACAGUGAAGUACAUCCUAAAGGCAUUAUGGGCAUGAAGUUCAUGCGGGAUGCCAUGGAGAGAGAUCGAAAUAAGACUAAAGGUUUAAUAGAUGAUUUUACCGAGGAUCUUGAAAAUCUCAGCAAUGAAGAUGAUAGUGAAAAAAAUGAUGAAAAAAAUGAAAAGGAUACAAAAAAAUAUUCUGUAGUUCACGUUGGUAACAACAUCGGAAGAAUGAUAUUUGGAAUCGGUUCCGAGAAAAAAUCAUUAAACAAAAAUUCCGAAGAACAAUUCAAUGAACAAGUGUCGUUUGAACAGGAGGCAAAAAUAAGAACGUUGCCAAAAUCUACUUUUGAUCCAAAGAGUGACAGAGAAAAUGGACAAGUAACGACAUCCGCUGAAUCAAACAAUGUAUCAGAGCAACAAAUAAAGUCACAGGGCGAAACUAAUGUUCUACAGAAGGAUAAUUCCGAUGAAGAAAAUCCUUGGCUUCAAGUUGACUCUUCCAGAGUAUCGACUCCAAGUAAAAAAAAAAAUAAAGGGUUUGACCUGAAAGAAAGCAACAAAUCUGAUAAACUAGUUUCGAAAUUGAAGAAGUUAAAAGAAAAAAGCAAAAAGGACGACGAUGUGGAAAUUGACAUGGACAAAGUGCUAACGAUAAAUUCCACUGUUAAAAUAAUUGGUCGUAAAAAGAAAAAAAAGGAGGAAGGAGUGUUACAAUCCGAAAAAAUUCAUAGUGAUGUAAUUGAUGAAAGUGUAGGAUCCGAUGAUGAGGAAAACCCCCAUGUCGAAGAAAUGGAAAACUUUGUGCACUCAAAGAGUUCUAUGGCGUUUAAGCAAAGAGAACUGGUUGCUCGCGCAUUUGCAAACGAUAAUGUUAUCGAUGACUUUUUAGCGGAAAAACAAGCCGCGAUCGAUGAAGAUAAACCUAAGGAAGAAGAUAUUACAUUACCUGGAUGGGGAACAUGGGUUGGCAAAGGAGUAAAACAACAUAAACGUAAAAAAGUCUUGGUCAAACCAUUACCCGGCGAAGGUGUAGAAGUUAAUAAGCGACAAGAUGCAAAGCUUAACCAUGUAAUAAUCAAUGAGAAAAGAAUAAAAAAGGCCAAAAAAUAUCUAGCAACCGAUAUUCCCUAUCCGUUCCAAACUAGAGAACAGUAUGAACGAAGUUUACGUACUCCAUUAGGCGAGGAAUGGAAUACGCGGGAAAUAUUCCAAAAAAUGAUUAUGCCUAGAGUUGUUACGAAAAUGGGCGGCAUCAUUGAUCCUUUAAAUGUUCCAUUUCAAACAAGUGAUGUAAAAGAUUAA